AUGUCUUGCACUUUCUUUAGAUACAACAGCAACUGUCCUCUCACCGAGACUAUCCCCGUGACUACUCCCAAGCAUGCCCCGAAAGAGACGACUCAUCACGAACCCGAGAAACAUCAUACAGCGGCUAAACCCCAUGGCCGCACCAUCCACCUGCCGAGAUGGCUUACAUUCGUGAAUUUCGUCUACGCCGUCCUUGCAAUCUGGAUGAUCAUUGGCACUGUCUUUAUAGCGGACUACAUACGAACCCGGACGGGGCAUCAACCAUUCGUUGAUCAUUCCGUACAGGGUUCUUCGCCAGAUGCCACGGUUGAUGGAGAUUAUCAACCACAGGUAUGGAUCUAA